CGCCCGCAGUGGACACCCGGCAUCCAACAACAACACAGCAUCUUAGUGCCAUUAUUUGUGAACCAAUGUGAUAAGUUGAUUAACAUAGUUUUUUAUAACUUUAGAUUUAUAAAAAGAUCGAACUGACUAAUUCAGAAUGCAUCUAGUACAAGUGUUGACGUUGUUUGUGUUUGCUUUUGGCUAUUUUAGUUCAGUGAGCGCGCAGGCGGUUGUGUGUCCAGCAGUUCGGACAACGAGUGGCUGGCUAGACCUGUUCCCUCUGCCGUGUCGCAAGCAUGCCGAAUGCCGAGUGAUGGGCACGCAGCACCUAUGUUGCAAGGGUUUCUGCACUAAGGGAGUGAAAUCCGCCUCUUCAGCGACCAUAAGAACCGAUCAGCAGACUAGCGUAGAAAGUAGGGCCAGCACAAGCACAAGCAGUACCACCAGUACCACCACAAGUACCACUACAACCACUACAACCCCGAGUACUAUCAGCAGCACCACUACCAGUACAACCACUAAGAGGCCGACAACCGAGGCACCAAGACCGUUCUUGCAGCUGCUGCCAAUUCAAACUACACAGACUUCCGCACAGAAGAAACAAGCGACGACAGCAGUGAAGACAAGUAAAAACCUGAAGUACGUGUGCCCGAGACCAGGAACAGCUCCAAUACUGAUAUUCCCCUUACCAUGUGAGAACAAUGCGCAGUGCCGUGCCAGCAACGGCCCUGACCAGGUUUGUUGCGAGAAGCGAUGCGUCAAGGGUGUGCCGGCACCACGGCCCACUUCGAAGCCUCGGACUCACCAACCCUUAUUGGGAGUAAUACCCCGUGAGUGUCCAACAACGCCACUGGGCGAGCUGCUGUUCGAGGUGCAGACGUGUAAGACUGACGCCGACUGCUGGCCACGCGUGUGCUGUCCCGACGGCAAGCGCUCUUACUGCCGCACGGCGCGCGCCCGUUUAGACCUCGUGCCCAUCGCUAACCAAAUCGACGAACCGGUUCGCAUGUUCGAGCAGUACCUGCAGUGCACGGCGCCGCCGCAACUGGAUCUCUUUCCUCAGCGCUGCACUUCAAGUGUAGAUUGUUUCCCCAACCUAUGUUGCGCCGAAGGCGGGAAAAAGCACUGCCGGCCCCCACAACGAAGCUUGUUGGGGUUACUUGCAGGAAUGACACAGAGAGUUGGUUCUACAAUAGGUGCUCUGCGACAAAUUCAAGCUAAAAACAAUAAAGCCUAAUUUAACCAACUUUGUAAAUAGUAGUUGUAGUAAUAUAUUUUAUAAUGCCUUUGUACAGUUUACAAUAAAAAUUUAU